AAAUUCACACUUUGACACCAAACCAAAAAAAACAUGUAUAUACAGUCAAGAUCCUAUUUUUAUAUUCUCAAUCUCAUGCAUACUUGUUCCUUUUCAUUCCCAAAAUAUGGCAGAAAUUGUUCUUGCAGAACCAAUUCAAGAAAGUACUGCUAGUACCAGCAGAAGAGCUUAUACCACAAGCAAUGAAAGACCCUAUACUAGAUCAAUCACUUACGGGUGUGAUCAUGUGCCUGAGCCCUUUGAUAGUGAGAAGUUGCCAGUGACUUUGAUUUCGGAGAUUCAAAGAUUUCUUCGAGUAGCUAAUCUUAUCGAGUCAGAGGAGCCUCGAGUGGCUUAUCUUUGUCGGUUUCAUGCAUUCGAAGUAGCACAUAACUUGGAUAGGAAUUCGAAUGGCCGAGGAGUACGACAGUUUAAAACUGCCCUUCUUCAACGGCUUGAACAGGAUGAAGAAGUUACUCUCAGGAAAAGAAAGGAAAGGACUGAUUUACGUGAACUUAGACGUGCUUAUAGCAAGUAUAAAGACUUCAUAAUCAAACAUGGUGGGGAGAGUAAUCUCGAAAAUAGAGAAAGGCUGACUAAAGCACGUGUCGUUGCUUCAGUAUUGUUUGAAGUAUUGGAUACAGUUUCCAGAGCAGCAGGUGUUCAGGGUGAGAGUAGCGAUGCCAAAUCUGAACUCUUUGUGUCAUAUAACAUUCUUCCACUUGAUCAAGGAGGAAUUCAUCACGCGAUCAUGCAACUUCCUGAGGUUAAAAUUGCGGUUGCUGCAGUUCGGGAUGUUCGUGGUUUGCCUUUCCUGGAAGAUUGUCGAAAACAAGAAACCAACCUGGAUUUGUUCAAGUGGCUUCAGUUUUGCUUUGGAUUUCAAAAAGGGAAUGUGGCCAACCAGAGAGAGCAUUUAAUUUUAUUACUUGCUAACACACAUGUUCGGCAGACUCAGAAGCAAGUAUUAGUACCCAAGCUAGGGGAUGUUGCUGUUGAUGAGCUGAUGAAGAAGUUUUUUAAAAAUUAUACAGAUUGGUGCAAAUUUUUGGGACGAAAGAGCAAUAUUAGGGUGCCAUAUCUGAAACAGGAGGCUCAGCAGUACAAACUUCUGUAUAUAGCUCUUUAUCUUCUGAUAUGGGGAGAGGCUGCAAAUUUAAGGUUUAUGCCAGAAUGCUUGUGUUACAUGUUUCACCAUAUGGCAUAUGAGCUGCAUAGCAUGCUAACUGGUGCUAUAAGCAUGACAACCGGAGAAAAGGUCAUGCCAGCUUACCAAGGAGAUUCAGAAUCUUUUCUCAACAAUGUAGUGUUUCCGGUGUAUGAUGUCAUAAAUAAGGAAGCUAUGAAAAACGGAAAAGGAACAGCUGAUCAUUCGACAUGGAGGAACUAUGAUGAUCUGAAUGAAUUCUUUUGGUCUCCAGAUUGUUUUCAAAUAGGUUGGCCCAUGCGUCUGGACCAUGAUUUCUUUUGUACAGAAACUCCAAAUAAUGUCAAAGAUAAAAAAGAAAAGGCUUCUGCUUCCGACCUUCAAGAAAACAAGGAUGCAAAUGAAGAUGAAGAAAUGGGGAUCCUAGUGGAUGAAGUGCGUGAACCAAAGUGGCUGGGGAAGACAAAUUUUGUAGAAAUCCGCUCAUUUUGGCAGAUUUUCAGAUGCUUUGACAGGAUGUGGAGCUUUUUUAUCCUAUCACUUCAGGCAAUGAUAAUAAUGGCUUCUCACGAUUUGGAGUCUCCUCUACAAGUCUUUGAUGCAACAGUACUCGAGGAUGUUAUGAGUAUCUUCAUCACUUCAGCAGUUCUUAAACUUGUAAAUGUUAUUCUUGAUAUCAUCUUUACAUGGAAAGCUCGAUGUACAAUAGACCCUAAUCAAACUCUGAAACAUGUGCUGAGGGUGGUUGUUGCUAUGAUGUGGACCAUCAUUCUUCCCGUAUAUUAUGCUAGUUCUCGUAAAAAAUAUACUUGUUAUUCAACACAAAAUGGGAGUUGGCUUGGAGAAUGGUGCUAUUCUUCUUAUAUGGUUGCUGUUGCAUUCUACUUGAUGACCAAUGCAGUUGACAUGGUUCUAUUUUUUGUGCCUGUGGUUGGAAAAUAUAUCGAGACCUCUAAUUACCGGAUAUGCAUGUUCUUAUCCUGGUGGACUCAGCCUAAGCUAUAUGUUGGGCGAGGAAUGCAAGAAAGCCAACUCUCCCUUCUGAAGUAUACCAUUUUCUGGCUGUUCUUGUUAAUAAGCAAACUUAUAUUUAGCUACACAUUUGAGAUAAAACCACUUAUAUCACCUACAAGACAGAUCAUGGCAAUCGGAGUAAAAAAUUACGACUGGCACGAGCUUUUCCCUAAAGUCAAGAGCAAUGCUGGAGCACUAGCUGCUAUAUGGGCUCCAAUUGUACUUGUAUAUUUCAUGGAUGCACAAAUCUGGUAUUCUGUCUACUGUUCAGUCUUUGGUGGAGUGUAUGGAAUCCUCCAGCAUCUUGGUGAGAUUCGGACGUUAGGAAUGCUGAGAAGUAGAUUUUACUCAUUACCUGAAGCUUUCAGUGAUCGUCUUGUCCCACCCGAAGCAAAAGAUUCUAGAAACACCUUAAUGAAUUGGCUCAUCCCUUUGACAUUCCAAUUCCAAAAGAACUUUCACUUAUCAGAAAGGGAAAAGAGCAAUGUUGUGAAGUUUGCUCUUGUGUGGAACCAGAUCAUCAGUAGCUUCCGUGAGGAGGACGUGAUAAGUGACAGGGAGAUGGAUUUGAUGAAAAUACCUGUAUCACCAGAAUUACUCUCUGGUCGAGUUUAUUGGCCCAUUUUUCUUUUAGCAGAUAAGCUUGCAAAUGCAUUAUCUAUUGCACGAGACUUUGAGGGAAAGGAUGAAACGCUUUUAAGAACAAUCAAGAAGGAUACAUACAUGUAUAUGGUUGUGAUAGAGUGUUAUGAAUCGCUGAAAUACAUACUCGAAAUUCUUGUUGUUGGUGACCUUGAGAGAAGGGUUAUUUCUGGUAUAUUAGAUGAAAUUGAUGAAAUCAUUCAAAAAUCAACACUUCUCAAGGACUUGAAGAUGAGCCAACUGCCGGUUCUAUGCGCUAAGUGUAUUACUUUACUUCAACUUCUGGUCGAGGGAAACGAAAGCCUUCAUAACAAAGUUGUAUUGGCAAUUCAAGAUAUCUUUGAGCUUGUAACAACCGAUAUGAUGUUAAAUGGGUCAAGAACGUUGGAGUCACUUAAUGUUCACCUGCAUAGUGGGGAAGAGGUUGUUGAAUAUUUCGUUUCGAUUGAAGCACCACUGUUUGCAUCUAAGGAUUCAAUACAUUUUCCAUUGCCAGAUAGUGAUUCCUUAUUGGAGAAGAUCAAGCGGUUUCGUUUACUGCUUACUGUCAAAGAUAAAGCACUGGAUAUACCGACUAACUUGGAGGCCCGUAGGAGGAUUUGCUUUUUUGCUACUUCUCUGUCUAUGAACAUGCCAAGUGCUCCAAAGGUGCGGAACAUGUUAUCAUUCAGUGUUCUAACUCCACAUUUCAUGGAGGAAGUCAAAUUUUCAAAGAAGGAGCUCAAUUCAAGAAAACAAGCUGGAGUCUCUAUCCUUUUCUAUAUGAAAAAGAUAUUUCCAGAUGAAUGGGAAAACUUUUUGGAGCGCAUGGAAAAGGAAGGAAUAGAUGAAUCUAGUGAUGAAAUUGAAGAAGAGGAGAGAAAUUGGGCUUCUUUCCGAGGGCAAACUCUAAGCAGAACUGUCCGAGGAAUGAUGUACUACAGGAAAGCACUGAAGUUGCAAGCUUUUCUUGACAUGGCUGAGGAUGAAGAUAUCCUCCAAGGUUAUGAUGCAAUUGAGAGGAAAAAUGAUACAUUAUCAGCUCAACUUGAAGCCAUGGCAGACAUGAAAUUUAUACAUGUUGUGUCUUGUCAAAUAUAUGGAUUACAGAAGACUACUGGUGACCCUCAGGCUCAAGACAUACUCAAUUUGAUGAAAAGGUACCCUUCUUUACGCGUUGCUUAUGUUGAGGAGAAAGAAGAAAUUACAGCAGAUGGGCCACGAAAAGUUUAUUCAUCUAUUCUUGUUAAAGCUGUUAACGGUUUUGAUCAGGAAGUAUACCGCGUAAAGCUUCCAGGUCCACCAAAUAUUGGAGAAGGAAAACCUGAAAAUCAAAAUCAUUCCAUAAUUUUCACACGCGGCGAAGCUCUCCAAACAAUUGACAUGAACCAGGUAUUCAUCAGCCUUAGGAUUUUGAAAAAGAAUAAUCUCAUAUAUAUAUGUUCUAAUAGCUUGUUUUUACAGGAUAAUUAUUUAGAAGAAGCUUUGAAAAUACGAAAUAUCUUGCAAGAGUUCCUGAAACACAGUGGUCGGCGUCCUCCCACAAUACUUGGCAUGAGAGAACACAUAUUUACAGGAAGUGUUUCUUCUUUAGCUUGGUUUAUGUCCUAUCAAGAAACCAGCUUUGUCACCAUUGGCCAGAGGCUUCUGGCUAAUCCACUCAGGGUCAGGUUCCAUUAUGGGCACCCAGAUGUGUUUGAUCGAGUAUUUCAUUUGACAAGAGGUGGCAUUAGCAAAGCAUCCAAAACAAUCAACUUGAGCGAAGAUGUUUUUGCAGGAUUUAACACGACUCUGAGACGUGGACAUGUCACAUAUCUUGAGUACAUGCAAGUUGGAAAAGGUCGUGAUGUAGGCCUUAACCAGAUUUCAAAGUUUGAAGCUAAAGUUGCAAAUGGAAACAGUGAACAAACAAUCAGUCGUGAUAUGUAUCGCCUUGGCCAUAGAUUUGACUUCUUUCGAAUGCUCUCAUGUUAUUUUACAACAGUUGGCUUCUACUUCAACAGCCUGAUAUCAGUGAUUACGAUUUAUGUGUUUCUAUACGGUCAGCUCUACAUGGUAUUAAGUGGUCUACAAAGAGCACUACUCGUUGAGGCAAAACUGCAAAACAUAAAGUCACUGGAAACAGCUCUAGCUUCUCAAUCAUUUAUCCAGCUUGGACUUUUAACAGGGUUACCAAUGAUCAUUGAGUUGGGACUUGAGCGCGGUUAUCUUAAUGCUCUUAAAGAUUUUGUUCUGAUGCAACUGCAGCUGGCUGCUGUUUUCUUUACUUUUUCCUAUGGAACAAAAUCUCAUUACUAUGGCAGAACAAUUCUUCAUGGAGGUGCCAAGUAUAGACCUACUGGUCGUAAAGUUGUGGUUUUUCAUGCCAGCUUCACUGAAAACUAUAGACUUUACUCUCGGAGUCACUUCAUUAAAGGUUUUGAACUUCUGCUUCUGUUGAUUGUUUAUGAUUUGUUUAGGCGAUCAUAUGAGAGCAAUUUGGCAUAUGUUUUAACUACAUAUGCAAUAUGGUUCAUGUCAUUUACUUGGUUGUUUGCACCAUUUCUGUUUAAUCCUUCUGGAUUUGAUUGGGGAAAGAUAGUCGAUGACUGGAAAGAUUGGAACAAGUGGAUUAAUCAACAAGGUGGUAUAGGGAUACAACAAGAUAAAAGUUGGCAAUCUUGGUGGCAUGAUGAACAAGCUCAUCUUCGUCAUGCUGGGCUAUUUUCACGGUUAAUUGAGAUACUCCUUUCACUGAGAUUUUUCCUUUACCAAUAUGGACUGGUGUAUCACCUUGACAUAUCCAAUCAGAGUAAAAAUAUUGUUGUCUAUGUGCUCUCAUGGGUUGUCAUUGCUUUUAUUUUCCUCUUGAUGAAGAUGCUGAAUAUUGGAAGGCGGUUUUUAAGCGCAAACCAUCACUUAACUUUCCGACUGUUUAAAGCUUGUCUUUUCCUAGGAGUUGUGGCAACUAUUAUUACCCUGUCAAUCAUAUGUCAUCUGUCAGUGAAAGAUUUGAUUAUCUGCUGUCUAGCUUUUCUACCAACUGGUUGGGGCUUGAUAUUGGUUGGCCAAGUAGUGAGACCAAAGAUUGAAGGUACUGGAUUGUGGCACUUCACUCGAGUGUUUGCUCGAGCUUAUGACUAUGGAAUGGGUGUUGUUCUUUUUGCGCCUUUAGCUUCAUUGGCUUGGCUUCCAAUAAUUUCGGCUUUCCAAACUCGGUUUCUGUUCAAUGAGGCUUUCAGUAGGAGGCUGCAAAUUCAGCCAAUUCUUGCAGGAAAGAAGAAACAUUAGUGAUCUCUACUUUACACUACAUAACUUGCAUGUACACAUAUUGUUCUGUAACUGUAGAAUAGCAAGAUACUGGUAAAAACAUGUUGUCAUGUGGAUAUACUCCAUAGGGAAAGCAAUAGGAUAGAUAAUUCUUUUAUGUACAGGUAUAGUUCUAUAGUAGGCUAUUGUGCAUAGACAUUAAUGAAAAAUACACAUUCUUAAAAUCUCAA